AUGCGAUCCGUGUUUCGCCGAGCUGCAUCUUCGGGGCUCUUGAAGAACAUGCAGGUUGUGUCCGAGACGAGUGUGCCGGGCUCCUACGCAGGCUACGGGGGACCGCGCAUCUUGUCGCCACUGUCCGUCACACCAUCAUGCUCCCCGAAGAGAGCGAAGGUGGCUGAGACGCGAAAAGCGUCUUCUUCGACGCAGACAACACUGGUGGGAAGGACGCUUGCAGAUUGGGUUGUGUCGGAAAGUGCUGAGCACCAGGCCCUUCUUGUCGAGAGACAGCCUUGGUGGAAGGACUUUCAGGAGGCAUUAGAUCAAGGCGUCCAGCAGGGAGACAUCAGGGAGGAGGAGGAGGAGGAGAUCAAGAUCGAAUUCAAGCGCGGCGGCGACCUCGCAGACGCAGCAGAGAAGCUCUUGAAUAAGGUGAGGGUCAGGCUUCCUGAGGAUCUACGCAGCACCAUCCGCGGUGAUGUGCUUGAUAUCGGCAAUGUGGUGACCCAUUUGUGUCCUUGGAGCAACACUCUUCUUAUCAAGCUUGAAGUCAUGGGGGAAAGCGCCUGUAGCAGGUGGCACCGCGACAACUACUGCGCGAGGGCCAUCGUUACGUACAACUCGUCCGGCACCGUCUAUGCACCAGACGACAUCGUGAACUUCUGGGAGCUGGACUACUGUGGCUGCAAUGACAAAAUCAUCAAGGAUGCAUCCCAAGUCUGCAGCGUUGGGGUAGGCGAUGUCUUCUUCAUGAAGGGCAAAAAGUUCCCUCAUGGUCCGAAGGGCUUGGUCCACAAGUCGCCCGAGAUUCG